AUGGUCGCCUGGGUCGACCGCGGCGUGCCCCGCGGCGCCGACGGUCUCUGGCUAUCGACACAGCCGCCAGCUUGGCGACUGGCUCGACCCGGGCGUGAUGACGAGCUUCAACCAAGACUCCCUGGGGCUCCGUCAUCCACUGGCUGCACGAGAGCGUCGCCGCCCCACCCCGGGCGGCACCACUUUGAGAGCACGUGGAGCAACCUGACGGCGUGGCCGCCGCCGCCGAUCAGGGGACAAUUUGAUUCAGACGACGGGGAGGACACGAUUGUGUAG